AUGGCGGCUCACGAUCAUGAUGUACCGCUGUUUGUUUCGAUGGGAAUGGUAGUAUUGGAUGAAGUACAUCUUCCAGAUGGCCAAGUAUUGCCAAAUGUGGUUGGAGGAUCCAUGCCAUACAGCACCGUCGGGGCCUGUCUCGCCGUGGACGAAGCAGACGUACAUCGUAUAUGCUGCUUCUUGCUGGCCGGCCAUGACUUUCCCCAAGAAGCAACGAAGGAAAUAGAAAGCUGGGGAGUUGAUCUCGAGAUCCAGAAUUCCGAGGGACGAGUUUCCACGCGAGGCAAAUUGCAAUACCACGAUCAAGGUUUUGCAACUUCGGCGUUUCAUUUUGUUGCCAGCCCCGACCAGUUGACGCUGCAGGUCAAGGACUUAUUGGAAGCACGCAAGGAGGCGGGAAUCACCACGCGGCCUUUUCUCGCGUGGGAGCCGGCGCCCAUGCAUUGUCGCCCAAACAGUCUGGCUGCUCAUGUCGAAGCCAGCAAGCUUGUCGAUGUCUUUUCGCCGAAUCAUCAAGAGCUUGAUGCUUUGUGUGGUCGGCUCAAACAGCAAGCUGACCGGCCGGAUUGUAUGACAAUAACAGGUUGCGCCGCAGCGUUCAUGGAAGAACACUUCCACGCCUUUGGACCACACCAGUUGGUGAUCAUCAGGGCAGCCGAGCAUGGUAGCUUGGUCGCGCGAAGAACGACGUCUGGCGACGAGUUGCAGGAUACGGUUGACAUGACCUGGGUGGUUCCCUACUACUCUGGUGACGAUCAGCAUCGCAUCAAGGACGCAACCGGGGCCGGCAGUGCAUUCCUGGGUGCAUUUGCUGUCGAGUUCCAGCAGAAUGGCGGUGAUGCCGUCGAAGCUACUGCCAAAGCGAGCGUGGCUGCGUCUUUCGCCGUCGAACAAAUCGGCCUUCCCACCAAGCAUCAUUCUAGCGGCCGUCGGACUUCGAAGUCCGAGUGGAAUGGCACGACGGUUGCCGAGCGGAUGAAGGAGUAUGAGCACAAGACGAGCAAAACAUAG